AUGUCCGGCGCGAGAGCCGAUUUAUUGCAGACGCAGCUGGACGCAGCGGCAAUCCAACUCAAGGAUCGUAAAAACGAACUUGAAAAUGUAACAGCCGAGAAAAACAGCGCUUGGGACCAGGUCAAAGAAUUGCAAAAUGGAAUCGUCGCAUCGCAGAAGGAAAUCGCGAAAUUGAAGCAGCAGGCCAAGCAAGACGCAGAGAAAUACACCAAAAAGAAGGACGACUAUGAUAACCUCAGCCAGACAUGGGAAGAUGAUCAAGUGGAAAAAGAACGCUUGAAGACAGAGGCAGAAAGUCUCAAGGCAGGCAAAGAAGCCGCAGAUGCUGCAACGCAAAAGGCAAAGGAGGACGCGGAAGAGUCGCGAAGAGACUACAUUCAAUUGAACAGUGAUGUCCAGAGCAUGAGAGAGACUAUGGAAGAAGAUUUACGGAAGCAACAAGCAUCCCAGCUCACACGCGAGGGGAAGACCAUCGUAUCCGUCGCAGACUUUGAAAGGUACAAGAAUGAUAGCGCUCUUCUUAGCCUGACGACCAACGAGCUUGAGGGACUCAAGAAGCAUCUUGAGUAUUACGAGAACAACGAUCGAGCCAUGAAGUUCACCGACGAUACGCCCCGUGUCAGCGAUAUUGCAGCCCUUGUUAAUCAAUCACGACGAACCGUUGGCCAAGAGUUGACUCAAAGAAUUACAACCGAAGGAGGCUCACAAACUUCUCCAGUACAGCUCACAACUACAGGCUCGCAGACUUCUCCAGUGCAGUUCACAACUACAGGCUCGCAAUCUUCUCCAGGACAGCUCACAACUACAGGCUCCCAAACCUCUCCAAUACGGUUCACAACCACAGUUGGAGGGUUUCCAAGUACAUCCCCAAUCGAACCUACAGCUGCUACACCUGUAUCUCCAGAUACACCUCUCUCUAUGUCUUCCAUACCUUCUCCAGCAAAGCUUACCACUACUAUUGGAGGCGUUCAAAGCACGUCUCCAAUUCAAGCUACGGUCGGUACGACGACUGGUUCGAUUGUGCAAAGCUCACCAGGGCAGUUCACAAUCGUCAUUGGAGCUCAGCAAAGCAUUGCCCCAACACCAGAAGCACAACCGGCCACAGUACAGGUUACAACUUCCGAAACUGGUGCACAAACAAUAAGAAUCGGAAUGAUCGAUGAAGGCAUGCAGACAUUGACAUCAUCGAGGAUAUAUGGGUCGCAAACCGAUGAUACCAUACCCGAGGACGAGGUCAUUUUCAGCAAAAAGACAAUUCGCCAUCAUAACCUUGUGGGAUGUUUCGGGUACACCACCAAAGAUAUGCUCAUUAUCUGCAGAAAAUAUAGCAAGCCCCUUGUUCGUAGGUUGGCGGUAGAAAUCCUUGACACCUUCCCUGCCAUCUUCACCAAACUGGAUGAAGCAACCAUCAAGUGGGUUGAUCCCAUGAAUGAAUCUGACAACCCUACACCACCAUCACUCCUGGCCAUCAUGAGGAACCCUGAUAUUGUUGACAUGCCGGAAGUAGCAUCUACGAUUCUUGAUUUCGCGUCGUAUCUUUGUUUCUUCAUUUUCAUGAUCGAAUGCUGGCUUGCUCGUUCCUGGGUCAUGAAUAUGCUGGAGAGUAAUGGGCUGACUAGGGAUUGGUUCGCUAAUCUGUAUACGCAUCAUCAUUCUCAUGGGGGGGGCAUCAUGCCGAGUGUCGUUUCGGAAUAUUGGGUUCGGGUUUGGGAUCAAUUCGUUCUUUCGUUGAUAAAGUACUUGGGGUAUGAGUUGGAAACGUAUCCGUUGCCCGGAUAA